AUGGCAGAGAAGGAAGGCGCCGAGAUUAAGAAAGGAGCCGAGGGCCUGAAAUGGGCGAUCUCGCUCUACGAAGAGUUUGGGUUCCCGGCAGGGCUAAUGCCCUUCACCAACGUGGUGGAGGCCGGGCUGGUCAGGAGCACGGGCUACUGGUGGGUCACGAUAAAGAAGAAGAUGGAACACAAGUUCAAGAAGAUUGGAAGACUCAUUGUUUACGACAGGGAGAUGUCGGGCUACAUAAAGAAGAAUAGACUGUGGAAGCUCAAUGGCGUUAAGGCUAAGGAACCCCUUUUCUCGGCGGCCAUCAGCGAGAUCACCGUGGACGACCCUCCUACCGGGAACAUCCGGUUUAAGUCCAUCUGGGGCAUCACGCUCGCCUACCCGAUCGAUGCCUUUGAUCCCAACCAGUAG